AUGUGGAGGAGAGCAGACAUGACGGCAGUGAGAGAACUGGUGCUGGUGCUGGGCUUACUGGUGAGCGCCCACUGUGAGGUGAGGGCACGAGACCCUGAGGUGGAGGAGGAAGAGGACCACCUGGGAGCAAGAGGAGGAGGAGGAGGAGGAGGAGGAGGAGGAGUAGCUUCUGCCCCCCACCCCCAGAGGCUUCACCCCCAGAGGCUUCACCCCAGGGCGACAGUGACCACCCCUCCUCUGGGAGGGACCUACGCAGCCCGAAACGGGAACCGAUGUGCGUACGUGCAUUUGGUUACCAUGCCGGUGGCGUGUAGAAUUGAGAAGUACACCAUCAAGUCUCAGAAUCCAUGUACGAGUGGGACGCCCGGCUGUCAGAUGGUCAUGUACAGGCAGAAGCAGCAGGUCGUCACCGCUCUGCAGUGGCGCUGCUGUCCGGGACACAGAGGACACAACUGUGAGGAGACAGUCCCUGAUGCACAGCUGGAUUCAGGAAGCUCAGCUCUGAUUGGAGGAUCGAAAGACGUGAAAAGAGAGCUCCUCGCUCCAGCUGUGCAGCAGCAGAACGGCGACCCGAACAGCGAACAGAACGACCACCAGCCGUAUGAAACCGGCUACCAUGACGACCAGGAUAACACCACACCACCGGCCCAGGACCAGGACCAGGACUACAACCAGAAACCCCAUCAUACUCCACACCCCACCACAGACGCAUACGGCCACAACCCCCACCACCCCCACCAUGCCGACCACACCAAACACCCCCAUCGACCCCACCAUGCCGACCACACCAAUCACUCCCAGCAACACCAACAGAACCAUCACCACCUUCCUGUUGAUGGGGUGGAUGCUGACGCCCUCCCAAACACAAAAGCCCCUCCCACCCUCAACGUCACCCAAAUGAUGGCCCUGGUCAUGUCCCAGCUGCAGCCGGUCAUGGAGGGCUUCAACCGCUCACUGGAGCACCUGAGCCGGCAGGUAGGGGACCUGGUCCGUGACGUGGCCGAGUUGAAGGGCAGCCAGCUGGAGCCGGAGUUGCAGUCAGAUUCCCUGGUCAGACCCGAACUCGACAAGGCAGUGGAGGAGCGCCUAGAUGCCAAACUGGAAGAUGCGUUUCAGCAUAUCCGAGAGGUCCGGAGGCAGAUGGAGAGCCAGCGGACAGACAUGGAGUACAGGCUUCACUCCCAGCAUGCAAUGAUGCACUACAACCUCACCAGCUUCAAGAUGGACAUCGACAUGAAGCUGAAACGCCACCAGAAGUUGCUACAGGUCAACCUGCAGGCCAUGAAUGCCACACUAACUGAUCUGAAGCUGGACCAAGAUGAGUCCACUGAGGAGGAUCAUGGCCCUCAUCUCACCCUGCUUCCCCCCGACACCUCGGUGCUUUGGGAGGCUGUCGAGCGGCUGGACAACAUGGUGGUCAACAACACGGUGAAGGUGGACGGCCUGAUGGAGGACGUGGAGGUGACUUCGGGGGAAGUCCAGCAGCUGAGGCGAUACCUUAAGGAUCUGGAGAAGCACAUCAACCACACGGCCCGCAACAGUCAGAUCCAGUUCAUGGAGACGGGGCUGGAGGUGGAGGCGGCGAGGGAGACGGUGUUGAGGCGGGUUGACGAGCUGGCGCGGAACCUCAGCCAGCAAGGCGAGCAUCUGCGUGAGAUGGACAAUGACGUGGACUAUUUGUACGAGACCUUCUACAAGCACAACUCCUCCACAGACUGCGACUGCAAGGGGCUGACGGCCGCCAUGGCUCGACUGGAGAGGGGCGUGGCUAAUGUGACGGAGCUGGCCAAUGAGAACAGAUUAGCUCUGGACGAGGAAAACGAGGCGGGGGCGGGGCAGUGGGGUGGAGCCGGCAACUGGGAGCCGGCAGUGGAGACACUACAAUAUGGCCUCCAGCAGGUAAAGGAGUCUCUGGCCUCAGAGCGCAACCGGGCCCAGACUCUGGAUCAAAGCCUGAACCGGCUGAGCAGCUCGGUGAUGGUCGCUGUGGCCGAGGUCUCCGGCCUGAAGGAGACGAACAGGGAGGUGCUGAAGGAGAGGCAACACCUGUCUGGCUCCUUCACUUCUCUUCUGACGGACGCCGUCCGACAAAGCGACGUGCUGGAGCUGCUGCUGGGGGAGGAGGUGCUGGAGUUCCUGGAGUGGCCCGUCCAGGACCAGGAGGCCCACUCCAUCCCAUCUCUGAAGGAGCAACUGAGGCUCCUGCAGGAGCAACUGAGAGGACACGACCUGAGCAUCACCUCCCUGCUGGCCAAGAAGCCAGGAGGUAGAGAGGAGAUACCAUCUGCUGACCAGCCCUCCUCCUCCUCCCAUCCUCUCUCUGAUGACUGGCAACCUGGAAACAUGAGGAGGAGCAGCGGUGGAGUUCCAGCACGUGAACGCCAGCUUCUCCUCCACCCCGAGGUGAGGCAUGGAGGAGACGGCAGCGAUCUGUGGAAUCUGGAGAAAAAGGUGGAGGAACUGAGGCUGAAGAUGCUCCGGCUAGAGAAGAAAUUUAACACUUCAACUGAGAAUGAGGCGGCGCCCGGUGAUGUGGAGGCCAAACUGCAGGUGGAGGUCAUUAGGCUGAAGAGGGGGCUGGAGGAACACCUGAGGGUGUUCAAGAACGUCUUCAGUAACGCUGACGUGUUGGUGGGAUCUGACGCCACGCUGGAGCUCGACAAACUGUGGCAGCUGGUGAAGAACAAAGAUGGGAAGAAAGAGAAGAAGAGAGGAGGAGGAUCAGGAAGAGGAGGAAACCAUCGGAGCAGGAGGGAGACAUCAGGUGUUGCUCCUGUCCCGACCAGCCUAUCAGGAGACUCCCUGCUGCUUGUGGCUGGAUCUCCUUUGAGCAUUUCGAACAGCGUCAUCGUGUUUGAAGCAUCACCGAACCGGGGUCAGUUUUACUCCGACACCGGCACCUUCACGGCUCCGCUGAACGGCAUCUACCUGUUCGUCCUCACCUUGGACCUGAGGCCUGGCCCCACCCACGUGGUCCUGAGGAGGGGGUCAGGCGGAGCCCCGGUGUCUCUACACCUCCGGGAGGUGACAGCUGCUGGGCCGGUCACCGAUGUGGGCCUCCUGCCGCUUAGGGAGGGGGAAGAGGUGAGGCUGGAACUGAAGGGAGCAGUAUGGGCGGAGUCAGAGGACAAUGUUUUCACCAUACUGCUGCUCCACCGGACCAACUGAUGGCCCUGUGGACCAAUCAGCUGGAGGAAAGACACUGAUCAGAGACUCUGGGAGUUAAAACAUAUUCAAACAUAUUCUAGUUAGUGGAGGUUUAUUCCAAAGCUCCAUAGACACACCUCCAGCUUGUCAAACUAGAAAAGGUUCUUAAAGAAACAAUUAAACUGAGAUAAUACUGCAUGUUCACAGUUUUCUCGUUUGUGUCUUCCAGCUCGCUUCAAUUGCCAUUAACUUCAAGCAAAGCCAUAAACUGAAGCAUGUUUUUCUUUUGUUUCGGUGUCUUUGUGUUCAGUACAGAGCUGGAGUCUUAGCUUAGCAUAAAGACUAGAGGCAGCAGGCACAAAACAGCUAGCCUGGCUUUUAUCCAAAGUUUAAAAACACGCCAUCACCUCUAAAGAUAAUUGAUUAAAAUGUUAUAUUUUGUUUGUAAAAUGUGGACACAAACAGAAAUGUAAAAAACACAAAAAUAAAAGAAAUACAAGAAAUAGUUCAAGCACAAAACCACAAGCUGCUUUUUAUAUUCUUGUUUGUGUACAAGUAAUCAUUUGCAUACAAAGUGGCUCGAGACAACUACAUAAAGACGUAAAAUGACCACAAAGACAGGACAUAGUUCUAGAACAUAACUCCAGGUUUGUGUUGGGCAAACAAAAAAAAUCAUACAACACCCUUAGAGGUGCUGGUAAUUGUAAUUUUGAACUUUGGACAGAGAGGGCUAGGUGUUUACCCCUGCUUUCAGUGUUUAUGCUAAGCUAGGCUAACCACGUCCUGACUCAAGUGUUUGAUUUAUCUGGUGUGUGUCUGCUUACUGUUACACUGAACUCUGACGUGCUGUUGACCCUGCAGUGUCACUUUAACCCGAAGUCCUGAUUAAUCUUCAGCUUCCUCUGCUCAUCUUCAUCCUGAGAAACAAUUCUGACCACAGAUCAGCUGCUGCCGCCACAGUUUCUCUCUGAGGUUGAUGAGAAAAGUUAAACAUGUCUGUAAAAGUCAUCACAUCAUCAGUGUCUUUUAAGGGAAUUUUUAUUUUACAUGAAGACAUGUUUGUAUCUGAAGUCACCUGUAUGUGUAAUGUUUGUAAAGUACCGAUAUAGUUAGGUAAAAGCACAGAGCAGUAUAUGUUAUAUAUAUUUUAUAUAAAGGAACAGCUGAGCCGUUUGUUGGUCAAAGUCAUGAAUGUGUUUAUAGAAAAGUCCGAUGAUAGAACAUUCUUAUCUAAACUGUCAGUGUGUAACUUAAUAAAAAUGUUUUAUCUACAGAAGUUGCUGUAUUAUCCUUGAUUAAAAAAGACA